UUUGGUUGGCUUGGCUCUCGUUAGAGCGCCAACGAAGCAGCCUUCCUCGCGUUCUUGAGCGACUCUUCGCCUACAAUUCAUGCACGAAUCUCACUCCUCUUUCUCUCUCCUGAACCAUUCAAAUCUCAAAUCUCUCUCUCUCUCUCUCUCUCGUCGACACAGACAGAGACACAGAAACAGAGACACACGAAAAGAACGAGCUGAAGAUAAGGAAACGAGAGGCAUGGCUUCCGAGCUCACCCGCCGGAACCAAUCCCAUCACCCCCACCCAUCUCCUCCGCCGCCGCUCUCUCCCGAAACGGCCUCGAUGUCGCCGUCGCCGCCGUCUCCCUCCCGGGUCGUAGCCGCCGUGCUGCACCGCCUCUUCUUCGUCUUCGUCGGCAUCGGCAUCGCCACCCUCUUCUUCUACGCCGUCCUCCCCAAGCAUUCUCCUCCGCCGCAGCCGCUGCUCAUCAUCCGUCGCGUCGCCGCCGCCGCCUCCGCCGUCGCAGCCGCCUCCGAGCUGUCCCACCGCCGCAUCCUGCACGAGGAAACGGGCAUGAGCCUGCCGAUGGGGGAGCGCCGCGCCGCCGGAGGAGGCAGCAUGAACGCGGGAGGGAAGGUGCCGCUGGGGCUCAAGAGGAAAGGGCUGAGGAUCGUGGUGACGGGCGGGGCGGGGUUCGUGGGGAGCCACCUGGUGGACCGGCUGAUCGCGCGCGGGGACAGCGUGAUCGUGGUGGACAACUUCUUCACGGGGCGGAAGGACAACGUGGCGCACCACUUCGGGAACCCCCGGUUCGAGCUCAUCCGCCACGACGUGGUCGAGCCCAUCCUCCUGGAGGUGGACCAGAUCUACCACCUCGCCUGCCCGGCCUCCCCCGUCCACUACAAGUUCAACCCCGUCAAGACCAUCAAGACAAAUGUGGUGGGAACGCUCAACAUGUUGGGGCUGGCGAAGAGGGUCGGGGCACGUUUCUUGCUCACCAGCACCAGCGAGGUUUACGGCGAUCCCCUUCAGCAUCCCCAGGUCGAGACCUACUGGGGCAACGUCAACCCCAUCGGCGUGAGGAGCUGUUACGACGAGGGGAAGCGCACAGCGGAGACCCUGACCAUGGACUAUCACAGAGGUCUAGAAAUUGAGGUGAGAAUUGCUCGGAUCUUUAACACCUACGGACCCCGUAUGUGCCUCGACGAUGGUCGCGUCGUGAGCAAUUUCGUCGCUCAGGCUUUAAGGAAAGAGCCGUUGACUGUUUACGGCGACGGGAAGCAAACCAGGAGCUUCCAGUACGUUUCCGACCUGGUGGAGGGUCUAAUGAGAUUGAUGGAAGGCGAACAUGUUGGUCCAUUCAAUCUCGGAAAUCCUGGCGAAUUCACCAUGCUCGAACUUGCCGAGGUGGUACAAGAGACGAUAGACCCGAAUGCAAGAAUAGAGUUCCGGCCGAACACGGCGGAUGAUCCACACAAGAGGAAGCCCGACAUCUCCAAGGCCAAGGAGCUCCUCGGCUGGCAGCCCAGCAUCUCGCUCCGCCAGGGCCUCCCGCUCAUGGUCUCCGACUUCCGGCAGCGCAUCUUCGGCGACCAGAAGAGCACCGCGGCCUCUGAUUUCUCCGCUACAUCGGCGUGAUCGCACACUCGCACCGCCAACACACAUACAUAUAGCAUGGCGAUCGGAGAAACGGGAGAAUACCCAUCUCUCUGUUCUUCGAAAUAUAGAAGAGGAGGGGAAUAAAGGGAUCGAAAAUGUUAGUUGCAGAGCACUUCUAGGGUCACGACACUUCCGGUAUCGGGACCUCGAGAAGGAGGAGGUAUAACCCUAGAGGAAUAAACAUCAUGAUCUUCAUGGUCAGAUGAUGAUUUUUUACUGUAAUAGUAGGUUAAUACAUGGAUGUUGUAGAUGGAUUUGUUUUAUUGGUGGUAUGAUGAGUUGCAUAUGUUCUCUUCAAUUGCAACUGCCGAGUCUUCCACUCUUGUGGUGGUCAAUUCAAGAAGUCAAUUUGAGCCGCAUUAGGUGACUCGAGGCUGAAGUUUAGUGACUCGAUUGCAAUUUAUUGUACUAUAGUACAUAUGAGCAUGGAUGGGAUGUCACACUGUGGUGGUCACAAACCUAGAGCUAAACGGAUGGGAUUGUAGUUGAUUCUGUCGGAUUUUUCGCUUGAUGCCCCUCGUUCAA